AAUGUCCUGAGCUCUCCUAUGGAAACUUACGAUACGUGGAGUGGGAGGAGGCUGCUGCAGGUGACCGAGGAGAAUGCCACUGAGAUCCCAGAGGAAGCUGAAAAUCGAUACGUGAAGAACUGCACUGAACCAGCUCUUCAUGAAUUCCCCAGUGACAUCUUUUCAAACGAGGACAGGAGACAUGGAGCAAUAGUCCUGCACGUUCUCUGUGCCAUGUAUAUGUUCUACGCUUUGGCAAUUGUUUGUGAUGAUUUCUUUGUCCCUUCAUUGGAAAAGAUUUGUGAACGCUUGGAUCUUAGUGAGGACGUGGCUGGGGCAACUUUUAUGGCCGCUGGAAGCUCUGCUCCGGAGUUGUUUACAUCUGUUAUAGGUGUGUUUAUAACAAAAGGAGACGUAGGAGUUGGAACCAUUGUUGGCUCUGCCGUGUUCAACAUUCUCUGCAUCAUUGGCGUGUGCGGCCUUUUCGCAGGACAGGUGGUUGCGCUGUCUUCGUGGAGUCUGCUGCGAGAUUCAAUCUACUACACACUCUCUGUUGUUGCCCUCAUUGUGUUUAUUUAUGAUGAAAUCGUUACUUGGUGGGAGUCCCUGGUCCUAGUGCUGAUGUACGUCAUUUACAUCCUGAUCAUGAAGUUUAAUGCCUCUAUACGACAGUGCUUUGAAAGGAAGACCAAAAAUGCUGCGAAUAUGGUGAAUGGAUUGGCAAAUAACACCGAAAUGGAUGAUAACAGCAACUGUGAUGCCACGGUGGUAUUGCUAAAGAAAGGGAAUUUCCAUCGUAAAGCCUCCGUGAUCAUGGUGGACGAGCUGCUGUCUGCCUAUCCACACCAGCUCUCCUUCUCCGAGGCAGGACUCAGGAUCAUGAUAACCAGCCACUUUCCUCCCAAGACCCGUCUCUCCAUGGCCAGCCGCAUGUUGAUCAACGAGAGGCAAAGGCUGAUCAACAGCAGAGCCUACACUAACGGGGAGUCGGAAGUGGCUAUCAAAAUUCCCAUCAAGCGUGCCCUGGAGAACGGGACAGGCCCCAGCAACUCCGCUGAGAGGGGCGUGAAUGGGACUCGAAGGGAGGAGGACAUGGCUGAGGCUGGGAAUGAGACCGAGAACGAGAAUGAGGACAACGAGAAUAAUGAGAACGACGAGGAAGAGGAGGAAGAGGAUGAUGAUAAUGAUGGACCUUACACUCCUUUUGACCUACCCUCUGGCAAAAUGGAAAUCCUGAAGUGGCUCUUCACCUGGCCUCUGAGCUUCCUGCUGUACUUCACGGUGCCCAACUGCAACAAGCCCUAUUGGGAAAAAUGGUUCAUGGUCACCUUUGCCUCCUCCACCCUCUGGAUCGCCGCCUUCUCCUACGUGAUGGUGUGGAUGGUACGUAUCCAGCCGGGGGAGGGGAACUGCUGGAAGACUAGAAACCACAGGAUCACUAUGUUGCUCAGAACAUAUGGUUCAAAUUUUGGAGACUACAUGUUAGAGAGCCUGGAAACCCAGUAUUAUCCUGAACUGAACUUUUUUAUGUCACUCUGUGACCUCAAGUGUGACUUGCCCUGUUCAGGCAUGGGGGAUAUGGCUGUGUCGAACUCCAUUGGAAGCAAUGUUUUUGACAUUUUAAUCGGCCUGGGUCUCCCAUGGGCCCUGCAGACUCUAGCAGUGGAUUAUGGUUCAUACAUCCAGUUAAACAGCAGAGGACUUAUCUAUUCUGUUGGCUUGCUGCUGGCAUCUGUUUUUGUCACAGUGUUUGGUGUCCACUUGAACAAAUGGAAGCUGGAUAGGAAGCUGGGAUUUGUGUGCCUUUUCCUGUAUGGCAUCUUCUUGUGUUUCUCCAUCAUGACAGAAUUCAACGUUUUCACGUUUGUGAACUUGCCGAUGUGCAGAGAUCACUGAUCCAAGUGGCAGACUGUCGAGAGGUACUUCCUUCUUACCUGUGCAAUACGAAACACGGCUGGCGUCUGCAGAACGCGAUGCACCCAGCGGUCGUGAAGUAUACCCUGCUCACUGUUCAUAGGACUCUCCUCCCAUCUUGGUUUACCCUCUGCCGACCCCAAAACCUGGAAAAAUCUUGCAUCGGCGUGAAGAUAUUUUUUUCAACAUUAAUGUGAUUUCCAAGUUUAGGUUUGAACAGUGACUGGGAUUUUAAAUGAACUGGCUGCUAUCUGGCGUUGAGCCAGGCAAAACUGAUCUGCUACAAUUCCUUCCUUUUUAAGUUAUUUGGUGGAAGACUAAUCUAAUUUAUAAUUUAAGACUAUUGCUAGAAUGCAGAAGAAGAGGGUACAUUGUUUAUGGGGUGUUUUUCAAGCAGAACUGUGGGAAUCUUUUAUUUUUAUUUUUUUCAGAGAUCAACAGCCUCUCUUUGCAGCUUCUCCUUCUGAGCGCUGGAUUUCGUGUAAUGAUCCAAAGGUCACAAGUGCAGUGUAUUAUGGGAACUCAGUUUGAGAUACGCAACGUAUGAGUGGACUGACUGUUUGUUAAAAGAAAUGACUGGCAAGGCAGUGGCUAACAACAUUUUACUAUGAUUAAUGCAGCUCUUAAAGGUGUAAGGAAUACAAGGUGAACAUGGAUUCAAAGGGUAAAUACUGCUACCAUAUUCAUUAUCAGUAUCAGAGUUGUAUUGCCAGGUUAUUUAUAUGACUUCCUAGCAGUGGUGUAGGACUGCCAGCCCUUGAGGGCUAACAAGGAGGGGCCCUGGUUUAUAACGAUCCGCACAUUGAAAAGCAAGAUCAGAAGUUUCCAAGGAUCAUCCAACUUCUUGUAGUUUUUUUAUUUUUUGGGGGGGUGCAUGUGUAGUUGUAUGUCUUAUUCAUUGUGAGAGGAAUGUAAGCGCCGUCACACAUUCUCCAAGUGAGUUGUAGACACUGGUUUCUUUAAAAGGAAAGAGGCAUAUUUUGCACAGACAUUGGUACCGAAAUCAUAAUUUGCCACUCUGUAAAGAAUACACUGGACCUGGCCAAAAAUUUUUACAGCUGAACAUACCCGGGGUCGGAUUGUGGUGGAUUUAUUCCACCUCCUACUGGUGGAAGAAAGAGAGAAAGAAAUGGCACUUUUAAAAGGCAGAAUACCUUUCAUGCAAACUCACUCACACAUUUAAGUUAUGAUGAAAGUUCUGCCUCUCGCUGUUCUAACAGCCCUGCAAGAUUUUGUAUAAUACUGUGUUAAUAUGCAGGCAGAUUCCACCACACACAUGAGGAACAACCAUCACUGCCACACUCAUGUGUAUUGAAAUUGUGGAUUCUUGCCAGUGUUGGCUAUUGUAUUUACUUUAAGCACUGAUCACUUCUGAUUCAUUUGGUGUGGGUUUUUUUCCCCUCUUCCUUGUAGAUGUUCUUCGAUGAAGUGUGAUAAAAUACUACCAACAAGGUGAAUGUUUUUGUCUAUGGUACAGACAGUGGCCAAUAGUGGUAGACAGGGCACUACGAAAACAGGACCCUUAGAGAAAAAAAAAAUCUGAAUUAGCAGGAGAAAGACAGUUCAAGGUAAAGACCCUCUUUAUCAACACUUUUGCACUUGAUUUUUUAAGAUUAAUUCUCUUUGGACAAAUAGUGUAAUUUCCCCGGCAGCGCUCUCCAUUUGACACAGCACAUUACUUGCUCUCCUUUUCACAUGGGACAAGUGAAAGUACAAGUUUGUCAGGCAAAUUUCAUGGAAAGUCAAUACAGAGCCACCUCUGGUAAAAGCAGACAGGAAGGCAGGUAUGAAGACAGAGCAGAUGGAAUAAAGGGGGAAGAAAAGAGGGGCUCCAUUUUAUAGAAGUGUUGCUAUUUUUUCUUUGGGAACUUAAAUGUAAUCCCACUUGUUUAGUUAAGCAGCCUUCUAAGAACAGCAUGCUAAGAAUGAUACCAUAUGGAAAUCCCAUUGCAAUAGAAAUCCCCAUUGUACCUUCUGAGUGUGUUUUUAAUUAAUAGUAACCACUAAAAUGUCUAAAAAGACUUGCUUAAAUUAAAAAAUAGUAGCAUGAUGUGAUACAUUUCAAUAAAUUCCACCCUUGAACACAGCUAUAAGCUUAUAACAAGGUACAGUAGCUCCUAAGCUAAAUCUUUCCUUACUUGCAGGAGGGACAGUAUUUGGGGGAGAAAUUUCACAUCAAGGCCUAUUAUUAUUUCUAUUUUGAAUAUUUAUACUGCUGCUCCAAUGGAGCCAGUUGGAUCUAUUUCUACGAAAUAGCCAUUAUCUAUCCCAUGGCACAAAAACUGCAUGACUUGGUUUUUUAGGAACUUUUCCUGUGGGCAUACAUCAAAUACUGUAGUAUCAUAGCUUUGCAUUGUAUGUGUAUCCUGAAAUUCAUUGUUCUGAACUUUGUGCAUGUUGUGAGAAUAUUCUGAAAGUUGCUUAUUCCAAGCAUAAGCAGAGAGUUCUAUUGAAACACUGAAUUGCUCUUAAUCUGUGCUGUAUUCAUAUGAGAUGUGAUAGGACAUUUUCUCUGAUGACAGUUGCAGUUAGAUGUGCUUGUGUUGUGAUCUGAAACCAAAUCAGAUGGUACAAGAUUGAUUUGGAAUAGAAGGUCCGUUAAGUGUGUGAAUCCUGAUUUGUUUUUGAAAACUUAAAAAACAACCAAUAGUCUAGUAGCUCCUUAAAGACUAACAAA